ACCCGAAUCUGAAAAGCAUAGAACACAGUUACACAUGCCAUAAGUCCGGACUUGUCAUAUCGAGUUAAUCAAGUUUCAUAUCUUAUUUGGGAUCCGCGGUGGCACACAGAAUCAAAUAGGAACUGUGGACGUUACGAGUGAGAAACGUACGGAGGUUUAAGGAAGAGACUGAAAGCGCAGGAAAAAGAUCUACUUAAAAACGUGUUUGUGGAGACUUAGAGCAUGGAAAUGCUCAAUCUGGGUGGCUGGGACUAAUUCUGUUGGCAAUCUCAACUGUAGCUGAAGUUCUUGCCUUGAGAUAGCCUUUUGCUGGCUUCAGAAAUGAACUCAAGUAUAUAGAAGUCAAAAGGGACCCUAAGAUCAUUGUGGAUGACAUGAAUGAAAAUGGGAAUAAUGCUAUCUUACCAGAACAUUGUACAGGUUUCUUGUUCUGCAGAAGAGUUCCCUUCGCAAAAGUGCUUUUAGGAGUGAUCUAAGGAGGCACAUUAAAUCCUCCUUUUCAAAUGUUGCGCCCAAAGCGACAUCGAACGACUAAAACAGAUGGGCAUGCGAGAUCAUCUAAAAAAGGUAGUCAAGUGAGAUCAUCUAAAAAAGAUAGUCAAGUGAGAUCAUCUAAAAAAGAUGGUCGAGCAAGCACGACUAAAAAAGAUGGUCAAGCAAGCACGACUAAAAAAGAUGGUCCGGUAAAUGAUUUAUUACCAGAACUUAUCUCUGAGAUCCUAUCCAGACUUCCAAUAGAAUUAAUCUUGAGAUGCCGAAGCGUAUGCAAGACCUGGAACUCUGUGAUUCAAAGUCCUCUUUUCAUCAACCUGCAAGCGAGAAAAAGCCAUAAUCAACCAUCUCGAGCCAUCCUCAAACCAAUAUUUGGCGGGGUUACAGCGACGACUAUGCACAGCUUAUUUUUACUGGAUACUGAGGAACGCAAAAGUAGACGAAUUCAUGAUAAGAGCUGGCGAUUUAGUGGUCUCCAAAUCAUGUCUUCUUGCAAUGGUUUGCUCUGUAUAACUUCAGAUAGUGAGCUAGGUCCUGUUUACAUAUCUAAUCCAAUAACUAGAGAGUUUGUAAUCUUGCCAUCCCCAGAGACAGGUUUUAGUUUACUCAGACAUCAGGUUGGUCUCGGGUUUGAUUCCUCUAAUGGCAAGUACAUUGUCGUGCGAGUGUAUACAGAUAAAAGCAAAAGUCAAGUCAACAAGUUUGAGGCUAUUAUGUUAGGAGAAAACUCAUGGAGAAGUUUAACAGUCCCUGACAUUAUUGCUGAAUGUAACAUCAAUGGGUCCGUAUUCUGGAAUGGGGCUCUCCACUGGAAAAUCAAGAAGAAACCUGGUCGUGAAUGUAUGCUUUCAUUUGAUGUAAGCUCUGGGAAGUUUGCAGUGACCCGUUUUCCAGUCAGUGCUGAUGUUCCGGAUGAUUUUGAGAUGGUGGAGUUGGAUGGCCAUUUGAGUUUGGUACAAGUCUAUGAUACUCAAAUGAAAAUAUGGAGAGUAACAGGAGACAAGAUUGAGGGAUUAUCUGUCUGUUAUGAAGACAUGUAUUGUAUGAACGUGCGGUGGAACAGUUCCUUUAACUGUGAAAUAAUUCGCGGGUAUAUUGAUGAAGGUUACUUGCUACAGGUGAACACUCACAGAGGCCCUGGUGGAGCUUGGAGGAGACACUUAACGCAGUAUUUUCCGAAAAUGGAGCAGUUCUUGUCACUGAUCAUCCCUAGCAUUCCCAUUUGCUUCAAGACCAUUUCUUUCAGGCCCACUCUUAUCUCUCCAAUGCAGCUUCACUUUGUUCCCCAUGGCUGAAAUGAAUUUUCUUUCAAAUUCAAUCUGCAAAGUAGAACUGUUUAAUGUUUUUCUAUUUCCUGGCUGUUGCAUAAUAAUUUAGGAGAGUACAAUUUUGUACUUUGAAACUCUGGGUUACCCAAAUGGGCGUUGGACUCCUAGACCUUUGCAAGGUAAGAUCCCUUUUAUCUUUUCUGUUGCAGAAUCGUUUUCUCUUCUCUGUUACAUGAUCCUUUUCUCUUC